AUGGUUUCUUAUCUACCCCAGUCUGAGAAAGGCGAUCAUGAUCACCCGCAUCUAGAGCCGGCUAUCUCCUCGUUUGCCGGCCGACUUGGCGGUAACCAGGAUUUUAUCCUGGACCGGAAUGAUCCCAACAAUGUCGCGAUGCUGGAGAAGAUGCCCGAUGCGGCUCCGGAAAUGACGUUGGGCGAGAUCUUCGAUCUAAAGGGCUUCUAUAGUGCAGACCUAUGGAAAUUCGCGAUGCUGGAAUGCGUCGCGAGUCUUAUGAACGUCUUUAUCUCUAGUUGGGUCACUACGCAUCCAAUGGCGGCGACUACCUACCCCACGGCUGGUGCUGGCAUCUAUGACACCGUUACCUUCUUCUCGCCGCUAUUCGGAGGCAUCACCAAUCUCCUCAUGACUCCACUACUGAUCUACACCUUCGGCGCAUCAAGUGGAGGCCAUAUUAGCCCGACCAUCACGAUGGCGUGUUUCUUUGCGCGGAUCAUCUCCUUCCCGCGUAUGGUGCUGUAUGUCACAGGGCAAACGCUGGGCGGUGCUCUGGCUGGUUUCGCACUUAACACGGCCUACGGUAACCGGAACUUUACCGUAGGAGGAUGCCACAUCGACACGAGCUUUGUGGCUCCUAAAGACGGCCUGGUCAUUGAGUUUAUGGCGUGCCUAAUCGUGAUUUUUCUGUCUUUCGGCGUCGCCCUUGACCCUCGACAAGCCAAGGUCUUCGGCCCUGCCGUUGGUCCGUGGUUUGUAGGCAUAACAAUUGGAGUGGUUUGCUGGGCAACCGCUUUCACUCGCGAGGGAUAUAUUGGAGCGAGUCUUAACCCAGCUCGGUGCUUCGGGGCCUAUGUGGCGUCUGAGUUUCCCACUUAUCAUUGGAUCCACUGGAUUGGACCACUAGCCGCUUCUAUCGCGCAUGGUUUGGUUUACUUUGUUGAUCCACUUUGGACGGCAAGCCGGAGUUGA